UGCUUGUAUGCUUAUGUGCAGUUCAUAACCAUGGUUUUGAAAUGUUAUUUUCAUUCUCAGCAAUAGUGCAGCAUGCCCCUUGCCUUCCAUUUGGAUUUAGCAUCUUGAAAGCUGGUUUGAAUAAAUCAGUUCUAUUGUCAGUUUAUGCCUCAUCAACCAUCAGAGAUAGUCAUACUGAUGGUUCUUAUGGCGUCGGCAACUACUGAUGCAAGCUAUGAGUUUGUGGUAACUACUACUCAACAUUCUAUUAGAGAUGCUAAUAACCCUGCUAGUGCAAAAGCAUCAGUGAAGUUGGUCUUAUUGGAUGAAGCUGAUGCCAUGACAAAGGAUGCACAAUUUGCCCUUCGUCGAGUGAUUGAGAAGUACACAAAAAGCACUAGGUUUGGACUUAUCUGUAAUCAUGUCAACAAGAUUAUUCCAGCUCUGCAAUCAAGAUGUACUCGAUUUCAGUUUGCUCCUCUUGAUGCCAUUAAUGUCAGUGAGCGACUUAAACAUGUUAUUUAGGCUGAAAGGUGAGUU